AUGGACGACUCCCAAGGAUCCUCCGCUCCUCCUAACGACUCUCCUCCUCCAUCUCCUACAACACCUUCAACUCAUGAAUCCAUAGCAAGACUAGAAAACCUACACGUAACAGUACCAUGCAAGUCAGCGUCCGAUGCGUUGCUUGCUGCUUUCAGCGUAGAUCUCAGCAGAGACCUCAACUCGAACGUUCUUGAUGCGAUUUUGACGCUUGUGAGAGAUGAGAAGUUUAAUGCGAGGGAUGUAACGUUUGGGACUGCGCAGGAUGUCGCAAAACAUAUUUCGGAGCAGCGGAAGAGGAUUGCGCAGAAGCGGGCUCUAACUUCUCCUCACUCCCUCCCCUCAGGAAGUAAUCAAAAUGACGCACGCAUGGACGGAGGUAUCCCACCACUGAUCAUCGAUUUCGUUGCGCAACAGUUGGCAAGGGAGAUGAUCCCGCUGGCCGAACAAGUCGACUGGGACACGAACAUGUAUAACGUCGCCGACGCGAAGUGUCCACGCGAACAAGACUUGCUCAAUAUGGCCCUCGUACACCGUACGUGGACCCAGCCCGUUUCGCGUGUCCUGCGCACCCGCGCAAAACUCUUCGGUGCGAAGACACUCCAGUCCUUCUUACGGAGUCCACGUAUGGGUUCUUGGCUACGCGAAGUCUACUUCGUUGAGAGUCUGGAUAACGAAAAUGCCCGUGAGAUGGUUCGGCUCCUCAAGCAUCUCUUGCGUAACGCACCGAACUUGAGAAAGUUGGCGAUACGAACGUGGUGGCGACUUGACGUAAGAGACAUGUACGACUUCCAUCAGGUAAUUCUGGAGUUAGAGCAUAUGCAACACCUAGAGUCACUCUGGCUUUUCCCGAAUCGAGGGCACGUAGCGUGUUUACCGACUCUGUGUUCUGUACUUCCGAACCUCCGUUCUCUCAAGGCGCUGUACAUCCGGAACUGGAUGGGUGGACCUUCGGAGGAUGAAAUGGGCAAUACUGCGGAGUUACAUAACGUCUUGCAAAGCACGUCCGCAUGUUCAAAUCUCCAGACUUUCACGUUUGUGGACGGUGGAUUGAACGAUACGACAGCUCAUUUCGUACCCUGGCUCCUGCGCGACUCAUCCAUCACGAACCUCGAAAUUCACACAAAAGACAUUUGCAGAUUGCAAGACGGUAAUUUGUCCCCGCUCUUCCGCGCUCUGAAACCUUUCCUAUCCAAACUCAAAGCACUCAGAAUGCACUACUCGUCGUUGAAUGAAGACAAACAAUGUAGGACGGAGUUCCUAACGGGUUGUACGAACCUCAAAACGCUCAGUAUAACUGUCGGUUUACAUCAUGCUCUAAAUCCUUUACCGAAUUCAGUUGAGAACCUCCACGUACAUUUUUCAACUAUCUGGCCUGUCAACGGGAAACAACUACACGACGUCCUAUAUGAACAACAGGAAUCCCUUAAAUCACUCAAGAAGAUCAUGUUGACAAAAGAUCCAAGUGAUAUGUUGGCAGGCUUUCAGGCUGCGGAAGAUGAUGAAAUGAGGAUGGAGAAUGCGUGGCAUAUUGACGAUGUGAAGGGAUAUUGUGAGAAGACAGGGAUCGAGUUAACGUAUGAGUACAAGUUCGUUUCGUUUGAGGAGUUGACGGGUAUGUAG